AUGGUGUUGUCCCUACUUCUCGCCGCAACGCUCCCAGAUGCUUCAGUCGACAUCGCCACUGUGGCGAGCGACAUCCGUGCCCUCAAAGAAGUCGGUGCAGGCGGUUUGCAAUUCUUGCCCUUUUAUAAUUACGGUUUCGGGGACCCUUCUUCAUUCCCCACCAACACCUGGGAUGAAUACGGAUUUGGAACUCCGGCGUUCAAGCAAGUAUUUGUCAACGCGCUCAAGACAGCGAAGGAUAGUGGUCUACGAUUCGACUUCUCCCUCGGAGCCAGUCAGGGGCAAGGCGUUCCAGUCGAGCCGCUGACGCCAGGCUUGGCUAUGCAGCUCGUGUACGGCGACGUUACUGUUGCGGGUGGAAAAGUCUUCAAGGGCUCCAUCCCCAAGGCACACCGUGAGUUCAACUUUUUGAGCGGAUACAUGCACGACCAGGAGGAGUUUGGUCCCGAUCAAUUAGUUGGCGUGGUUGCCGCGGGUGUGAAGUCAGUUGUGCCCGGGAAAGGCUCCCUAUCUACCGCGGUGCUUGACGAGUCGAGCUUCGAGGAUCUGUCAGAGUCCGUGGUCAAUGGAAAACUGACAUGGAAGGCCCCUUCUGGCCAUAACAACUACACUCUUUUCGCGCUUUACGAGCGAUACACGAAUCAGCGCUCUUGUAAUGGAGUGGCGAACCCUGACAGUGCAAUCGCGAACGGAUCUUGGACAACGGAUCACUUCAGCGCCGACGGUGCGAAGCUCGUCACUCAGUUUUGGGAGAAUAACCUACUUGAUGCUGAGGUAAAGAAGUUGCUGAAAUCUGCCGGGAAGCACACCUGGGAAGACAGCAUGGAGAUGCAAGCCGCCCUGUGGUGGACGCCUAAUUUCAUCUCGCGUUUCGAGAAGAGUCGAGGCUACAGCCCGGUCAAGUAUCUACCAUUGAUGUUCCACCAAUCCAACUCCUUCACACUUUACAGUCCGCCGUACAACAAGACCUACGCCCUCAGCUCCUCCGCAUCUGCCCAGGACAAGUACAUUCAAGACUACCGCAAAACUCUCAACGAAGGUUACAUCGAGUAUCUCGAAGCGUAUAACGCAUGGGCUAAGUCCCUAGGAAUGAGCCACUCCUGCCAGGUUGCGUACAACUUGCCCCUUGACAUGUCAGGAGAUGUUCCUGUUGUAGAAGUUCCUGAACUCGAGUCCGUCGGUUUCCCUACAAUCGAUGAAUCCCUCCAGUUUGUGGGUGCAGCGCACCUCGGCGGCCGCAACGUCAUUUCUACGGAAGUUGGCGCGGUCCAGACCGGCGCGUACAGCCAGUCAGUCCCAUCUCUCGUUAACUUGUUCCGAGAUGCGUUUGCUGGCGGCGUCAACUCUAUGAUGCUUCACGGCAUGCAAUACGGUGGCGAGUACAAUGCAACCUGGCCUGGCUACACUCCCUUCCAGUACGUCUACAGUGAGCUCUGGAGCCCUCGCCAGCCGGCUUGGACGCACAUGAACCAAACCAUGGCGUACACGGCCAGGAACCAAGUUGUGCUGCAAGCGGGAACUGUGAAGAGGGAUGUUGCGUUCUACCUGUUUAAGCAGCCCUGGACUGCUGGUGUAUUUUAUGAUGGGGCCGAUCUGAGAGCUGAAGGUUUCACACACGAGUACCUAGGACCGACCAACCUGGCCUCUCGCGAAGCAAAGGCUUCGGAUAAACUCCUUGCCCCCGAUGGUCCUGCUUACAGAGCUUUGGUUUUCUGGAACCAGACCUACAUCUCAGCUGAGGCAUCCGACAAGGUUCUCAAGUUCGCCAAGCAGGGUCUCCCAAUUCUUUUUCACGGCGGCUUGCCAAACACAACUAUUGGUACCGUUGGACAGAAGACAGUUACCCAGAGCAUGGCUUCUCUGUCUAAAUACUCGAAUGUUAAGAUGGUGAAAGACAAGCAGUCACUGGCAGCCGCUUUACAAGCCCUCGAUGUCAAACCCCGAGUGUCUGUUGAGUCCAAGAAGUCUUCGGGAAACUUGUACUCAGUUUGGAGAUCUUCCAAGAACGUAGAGCUUGUCUAUCUCUAUAACAAGGGCUCGACGGCCAGCUACGACCUGACCUUCAACGUCGGCAAGGAUAAGACACCCUUCAAACUGAAUGCAUGGACAGGCGAGCAGCACCCAUGGCUGACCUACAAACGGUCAAAGGCAGGAAUUACUGUUUCUGUUACCCUCAAGGAGAUGCAGACCGCAAUCUUUGCGUUUGCAGCUCAGAAAGAAGGCACCUACGUGGUGUCGCACUCGGCCAAUGUUGAGAAGAUUCAGCUUGGAGAGAAGAGCCAGGUUGUGGCUUUGAUCAACGACAGCAAUUACGCAACCCUCACGCGUUCCGACAGCAAGACAGUUAAGGUGCCAAGCUUGAACGGUGAAAAGGGCCUGCUGAAACUCGACGUAGGCCCUUGGGACCUAACCUUGGAAUCUUGGGUGCCGUCUUCGAAUACUUCGGACAGCCACUCUAAAAUCGAAGUGAUGCGCCUUGGAUCUCAGGACACCCUUGUUCCUUGGUCAAAGAUUCCCGCCGCACAGAAUGUCUCGGGUAUUGGUAUCUACACUGCCAACUUCACCCUUUCUCAGGACACCGUCCUCGAGUCUGAUAAGAGAGCCACGUUGAUCAACUUUGGCCCUGUCUUGAACACCCUUCGGGCCUGGGUUAACGGCAAGGAGCUCCCGGCAGUGGAUAUCUCGGAUGCCGAGGUUGACAUAUCCAAGUUUGUCGUGAGGGGAGAGAACACUGUAAAGGUUGAGGUAUCCAGCACCUUGUUUAACGCUGUGAAGACGAGAGUCGACUGGGUGAAAAACAUGGGACUUGGCCCAGCUGUGCCGGAUUUUUAUACCGCUGUGGACUGGCAGGCAUAUGGACUGGUGGGACCCGUCCGUGUCCGGACCCUGCGCAAGGUCGUUGUAAACUAG